CGGAGGUUAGACAUUUUUGCACGAAGAGGUGGAAAUCUGAACCGAAAGGGUCUGUGUCUUUUAUCUUUCAACACGUUUGUGAUAUUGCAAGGCAAUUAUUUGAUAUAUACACCUCCACUUUCACAAAGGGAAUAUUAAGAGACAGUCAAAUCAAUGCACUAUCUAGUAGGCCUAAAAUACAACAGUACUAAAGCUAUAGCCUAUCUUUGUACUUCUAAAAUGAAGACCUGAUAAGAGGUUGAGAAUAUAAUAGAAUGAAAUAACCACAGGACUAGGCCAAUACAUAGUGUGUGAUUAAAUGAUCAGCAUAUGCUUUUGAAUUUAGGGGUGUAAUGGCUGCAAUUGGGACGUGGGCUUUCUCCUACCCAGCUGUGGAGGAAAUGAAGGACUUGAUUUUGGCAGGUGAAAAUGCCACAGAUGUUGUAGAGAGAGCAAUGGCAGAGGUGGAAAACGACAGGGAGACAGGACAUCAUGUUGUGGGGCGAGGGGGGUUCCCAAACAGCAUGGGAGUGGUGGAAUGUGACGCUGCAAUAAUGGAGGGCAGUCCUGGAAGAUUUGGGGCCGUUGCAGCACUGAGAGGAGUUGGGGUGCCAUGUCGAGUGGCUCGUAAGGUGAUGGAGAGAAGCCCUCACAGUCUGCUGGUUGGAGAGGGGGCUCUGAAGUUCGCUGUGGAGCAGGGCUUUACAGUGGAGCCCAAUGACAAAAUGCUAAGCGACCGCUCAGCCUCUGCUUAUCAGGAAUUCCUUGAGAAGAAGAAAGGGGUCAGCGGUCAUGACACCUUAGGACUUAUAGCUCUGGACCUCAUGGGGAACAUAACAGUCGGGGUUUCCACAUCAGGUGUGCCCUUCAAGUCCCCUGGGAGAGUUGGGGACUCUCCACUGCCAGGUUGUGGCCUGUUUGCAGACCGCACAGUUGGGGCAGCAGCAGCCACUGGAGAUGGGGAUAAAAUAAUGUGCUACUGCCCGAGCUUCCAUGUGGUGCAGUUGAUGAAACAGGGAUCAACCCCCAGAGAAGCUUGCCAUACUGUCCUUGCUGACAUCAUGACAAAAACCAGUCAGGAAAAUUGCUUUGAGAUUGGACUGAUUGCUUUGAACAUGAAGGGAGAUGUGGGGACUGCUUCUUCUGUUGAGUUUCCAUACACAUUUUGGAAUCAGUCACAUGAGUCUGUGCAGAAAUGCACACAGUCAUCGCCUUCUUAAUGCAGAACCUGUUAUUAAAAGUUUUCCUCAUCAGUGGUUUUCUGUGUUUGUUAUGGUUGUAAAUGCUUCAUCCAUGAUUGUCACAUCCAACAAGCAGGC